AUGAGUGUUUUCGCACAAACACCAAAAGAAAAUCAAGGCGAAGCAUAUUUAUUCUGGUGUUUAGCACUUUCUGUAACAGGUUUCCCUGUCCUUGCAAGAAUCUUAGCUAAUCUUAAACUUUUAUAUACAAAGCUUGGAAAAGAUGCAUUGACAGCAGCUAUGUUAACCGAUGCAUAUGGUUGGGUUAUGUUUACCUUGUUGAUUCCUUAUUCGACUAGAGGUGGAAAGCCUUAUCUCUCAAACAAGUAUGAACACGUGGCGAAAAUCACACUUGUUGGACGUGUUGACGGGAGUGUGUAUUUGUUCGUACAUUACGGAUUCUCUCGACUCAACUUGCCUUUCCUUUUGAAGCAAAAGAAUGCGGGUUUAAUGUUUUUGGUUAUGCUUUUGUUAUGCAUACCUAAAGUUUUGAGCUCUGUGAUUGUCACUUUCUUCUUCGGUAUGCCUGCCCGAGAUGGAGUUGCCAUUGGAUUGCUUCUCAACACCAAGGGUAUCAUGGCUGUCAUACUACUGAAUAUUGCUUGGGACAAAAGGAUUUUGGAUCCAUAUACUUUCAUGGUUAUGAUGCUUGCUAUUAUAGUAAUGACUGUAAUGGUUUCUCCCUUGAUCAAUGCAAUAUACAAACCAAAAUUCCGAUUCAUGCAAUCGCAAUUAAGGACCGUGCAAAAACUGAGGUUCGAUGUGGAGCUUCGAAUCGUCGCUUGUGUCCACAAUGCUAAACAUGCCAAUAACAUGAUCCAUGUCAUUGAAGCCACAAAUGCUACUAGACUUUCACCUAUACAUGUAUCAGUAGCUCACUUAGUUCAACUCACUAGACAUGGCACAGCUAUUCUUGUUUCACAAAUGGAUAAUUCAAACAGCACGAUUGGUGGCGCAGAAGCAACCAACUAUGGAUCACAAUUAGAGUUUGAGAGCAUAACUAAUGCAUUUGAAAAACUCGUAGAACAAUACAAUGCGAUUAGGUUUGACAUAUCAAGUGUUGUCUCGUCCUACACAACUAUCCAUGAGGACAUUUACAAUGUUGCCGAAGAGAAACGCGCCAGCCUAAUUCUCCUUCCCUUUCACAAAGACUACUCAACAAUAGAAGAUGCUCCAGAAAUAAUCCACAAUGAACAUUGUGAGAUAAACAAAAAUGUUCUACAAAAAGCACCUUGUUCGGUAGGGAUCUUUGUGGAUCGCGGUUUAGGAUCGUUGUUAGAAAUAAAAUUACGCAUUAUAAUGAUUUUCAUCGGUGGACCUGACGACCGUGAAGCCUUGUCUAUUGCAUGGAGAAUGGCGGGGCAUCCAGGAACACAAUUACAUGUUGUGAGGAUCAAUCUGUUAGGUAAGGCUGCAGAAGAAACAAAACUAAAAAUGGAAAAAAGCAAGUCUCGUCAUGGAAUGUUGUCGACGGUUAUAGACAAUGUGAUGCAAAAAGAGUUGGAUGAAGAGUGUAUAAUUUCCUUUAGGCACAAAGCAGUGAACAAUAACGAUUCAAUUCUUUACUCAGAGAAGGAAGUCCAUUCGAAUACGGGCGAAGAGAUUCCAACGCUUCUUAACGAUAUUGAUAAACCUGGAUAUGAUUUGUACAUUGUUGGACAAGGAAGCGGUAAGAACUCGGUGAUUUUUUCGAGGUUGUUGGAAUGGUGCGACCAUCCUGAACUUGGUGUUAUAGGUGACAUAUUGGCUUCAACUAGCUUUGGUACGCAAUCUUCUGUGCUUAUUGUGCAACAAUAUUUGGUUGGAAGAAAACGCGUUAUGAGAAAAUGUCAUGAAGUGAAAACUGGUACUGAAAAUUUGUAA